AUGGGCAAAGAUCAUCCUGACGCAAACCUCCACCCAGAGGCAACCGGGCUAGCAGCGAAGACCGUGCAGGCACAUUCCGCAGAGAACGAUCUAAAGCUGUACUCUGGCUGGUUCUGUCCCUUUGUCCAGCGCGUCUGGAUCGCACUUGAAGAAAAGGGUAUUCAAUACCAGUACAUCGAAGUGAAUCCAUACCACAAGCCGCAAUCCCUCCUGGAUCUCAAUCCACGCGGCCUCGUACCGACACUGCAGUACCAGGGCAAGCCGUUGUACGAGAGCACAGUACUUUGCGAGUUCCUGGAAGAAGCCUACCCGGACCACACGCCAAAGCUACUUCCCGACGAUCCAUACCUGCGCGCACGGACUAGGAUCUGGACUGAUUAUGUCGGGUCUCGGAUUAUCCCCGCCUACCACCGCUUUCUGCAGCACCAGGGCGAGGAUGGCCUCAAGGAGAAGCAGACCGCGUUCCUCAACCACCUCAAGGAGUUCACCAGCGAGAUGGAUCCCGAGGGCCCUUUCUUCCUCGGCAAGGAGUUCAGCUUGAUUGAUAUUGUGAUUGCGCCCUGGGCCAACCGUCUCUGGGUGUUCGACCACUUCAAGGGCGGGUCCGGCAUUCCGGAGGAGGGACGGGGUGGUAAUUUCGAAGAAGUCUGGAAACGCUGGAGGAAGUGGUUGAGUGCGGUGGAGAGCAGGAAGAGUGUCAAGGAGACGCUGAGCGACAGGGAGCAUUACUUGCCUAUCUAUGGCCGCUAUGCGAGAGAUGAGGCACAGUCGGAGGCUGCGAAGGCUAUCAGAGCUGGAAGGGGUAUUCCCUAG